AUGGCGGACGCAGAUAGCCAACAAGAUCUUGGACGCGCUGACUUCGUGCCAACGGGAGUUGCAGCUCAGUACAACCAGCGCUUUGAAGUUGGCGAUAAGGUGUGGGUUAGGAUAUUCCCCCACGAUCCCAUGAUCGUGGCGUAUGUCAAGAAGGCGUCAUAUAACAACGAGAGAGGGUGCUGGAUAUACACAGUACAGGAGACCGAUGUCGACGGAAAUUGGCAUGGUAGGGAGAUGUCUAGAAAAGAGAACGCUUUAGAAAGGGCAUAA